UAUAUAGGUGUCUCUUUCUGAGGGGCAUUUUUGAUAAGAGAGAUAAAUUCAUAACAAUAAUACUCAGUAAACAGUGUUUAUAAAAAAGAUACGAAUGGCUGAUUCGCAGUAAAUUAAUUGAUUGAAUAUUAAUUGCAUUAAAUACUAGUCGGAACUUCCUAAGCUUACAACUAUCCCAGAAUCAAUCCAUCAGAGCCAAAGCAUUGUGUAUCGAUUGAUCGGAUCAAGUUUACAUCUAUAUGUGUUAGACAUAGCUUUAUUGGAUAGCUAAGGACUUAAGAUGGAGAUUACACAAUUUGCAUUUGUUAUAAUUUUCCUAGCGAAUAUUGUUGAAGGUAAAAUGUUGAAGUGUUACACCUGUGACUCACGACAAGAUGGCCAAUGUGGAGAAACCUUUGGAUAUACUAAAGUCCAAGCUGAAAACAAAAAGCUGAUAACAGACUGCAAGGAAAGUCAGGUCUGCAGGAAAACAACAGUGGAAGACUAUGCAGGACGUUUCGUGGUACGAGAGUGUGUGGAAUCCGUGAUAUCAGGUUGUAGAGAGAUGCGUCGUGACGGAGAGGUCUGUGACUGUGUCGGUGAGUUGUGUAACAGUACAGACAUACCCAGAGUAUAUUUUGGAUUACUUAUCGUCUUGGUUGUAGUCCAGAGAUUACUACUGUUAUAGACCAGAUACAAUAGAAGGCGAUCAUGAACAUCAGUGGGAUGCGAUUACUUUUUACCAAACACUAUCACUCUGACCAAUAAUAGACAAUAUCACUCUUUUAUUUAGAUUUGCAUUUGCUAAGAUAUCACCAUAUAUGUACAGUAGUUGUCGUUCAUCUUCAUAUGAAUUACAGUGAUAAUGUUGGCUUUUUUCAAAACUACCUCUACCCUUUUUUAUUGGGAAAAUAUGCGUCAUUUUUGUCAAAUUGGGAAAUUUGGAGUAAACCAUGAAUUGGACUGAAACUUCAAGUUGCAGGCCCCCUUUUAAGAGUAGAACCCUCUUUUGAAAUAAGACCCCAUCUCGUCAGUAUUGAUACAUAAAUAGACCCUCAAAUCUGCAAAUAAAGUUAGUUGAGGCAUGACAAAUGUAUAAAUGAGUUUUUCUCAGUUUGUAUUCAUGCACAAUUACUACUGAUUAGUGCAGUUAGGGGAAAAAAGUUGUCUUUUAGGGAAUAAUUUUAAGCCAUUUUUUUCAAAUUGUGAUUUUUCUCUUGAGGAAAAGCCUUUAUUCUCCAGUAAUUCAGGGCAAACAAUAUCACUGCAUUAUAUUUGCAUAAAAGCAAAAUCAAGAUUAAAAUAAUCUUAUUGAAUUGUAGGGAAAUAUUAUUGAUUUAUUAAAAUAAUGUGCAGCUUUACCCCUUUCCAGCAACUUUAACGACAAAUACCUCUAACUAAAUAAACAUAUGAACAAAGAAGACGGAUUUGUAAAUAAAUAACUAGGAGAUAAUGUUUAUUUUUAUAAUGAAUGGUUAACUAAGCUUCAAGGUUGUAAUAUAUCAACCUCUUUAUGAAUUCAGUUAAUUAUUCAUUUUUUUGUAAAUACUGAGAGUUAUAUGGAAACACAUCUUCUAUACAUCUUUGCAGUAACAUAUAUAUGCACACAAAAUUUUGUCUGGGUUAUUUUUUUGUCAAAUCUAUGAAAUCUUGAGUACUAGGUACGCUACUCACUAAUUACUCAUAGUGGACAAUAAUUGAUAUAUAAGUAGCGGGAUCUGCCUACCCUUCCGGGACACCUUAUAUCAUCCCUAGUUUUAUUUAUGUAUAUAAUUGUUGAUGUUAUACUAUAUGUAACCAUCUGUAAACAAGUCUUUACUCUGAUAAAAGUUGUGUUUGAUUAAGUAGGUUAAUUAAUUUAGUUUUGACAUUCAAUGUUUUGUCCUGUUGAAGCUCAAUAUGACAUUACAUAGUGGUAGAAUAUAUACAUUUAUACUAGAAUCUAGUUUUGUACAUAUUUUGAUAGUUUUGUAACUAUUUAUGUAAUGUAUUGGAA